GAUGUCUUGUACCAGGCAGAUGGGGGCUGUCCGCGAUGGUGUUCUGUGGGUACCUACUCGUCUAGAGUACCUCCAUGGUGGAUCUUCUCCAUGCCCCUGACUUCUACAUCUUUUGUGUGGUGGUCUCGUCGGCAGAAAUGGGCUGCUACUGGUUUAUUAGUUUUUUUUGGUCUGGAUAUCUGAACGUGUUCGUUCAUCCUAAUGUGUAGAGGCUGUUUUGUCUCUCCCACAUAUUGUAGAUUGCACCUUUUGCAUGUUAUCAGAUACACAAGGUUGCUCGAUUUGCAUGGCAUCUCGCUUCUGAUUUUGUACGUCCUGCCGGUGGUUGUGCUUGAGAAC